CCCCGGCCGAGGCAUGACGUUAACACCGCUUGCUACGACCCGGUAUCGCGCCGCUGACAGCUGAUCGCCCUGCGAUAGCGCCCGAUACUGUCUCAGCCGCGGUGGCGAACAGAGACGGGUGGGUAUUAGCGGACCGCCGUCUGCGUGCCUGUGAUCGCAGUGCUGUCUGCUCCUCUCUGACCGUCCGGAAGGAGCUCCAGUCGCCGACAUGGCGCCGCCACUCGCUCUAGGAGUGUUUCUCGUGGCGACUCUAGCCGCCCGUGCGCCGCCCGUCGCUGCCACCGGGGAGAAUUUCAACUGUUCGGGCAAUGUGUGUGACCCGGUGAUCACCCCUUGCUGUGAUGAUCCUGACAACGGGUGUCCGGGUGACGAGUGCAGUGCCUCCCAGCUGCGCGUGGUUAGUCCGUACUCACAGUGCGGCUGCUGCCACAGCUGCAUCGACUACCUGGCGGCCGGAGACGCCUGCGCCACUAGUAACGUGUACCACAUCGGUCAGCUGCCCUCGCAGAUCUGCGGGCCCGGCCUGAGGUGCACCCGGAACGACACUGGCGCCUACUGCGCGCCCAUAGCCGACACAGAGUGUGCCGCGGCGCGACAGGCCUUCGCCGAAGCCGAAAAGACCAUCCUCAACCCGGGACAGCUGGACCCCGCGUGCGACUCAGAGGGGGCGUACCGAGCGGCGCAGGCGAUGCCCGGUCUGACCACCAGCUGCUACAGUAAGACCGGCGAGCGGCUGUACGGCGAGAGUGGUACCACUCAGGCCGGCGAUAUGGGCUGUCUGUGCUCGCGACUCCACCAAGGCGAGUUGUCGGUGGAGGGCCUCCAGCCGCGACCGCACUGUCUCACUAACGGCAACUUCGACCCGCUGCAGUGCAGCAACAGGACGUGUUUCUGUGUGGACAAGACGAACGGAACAAUUUUAUCGGUGAUCGCCGACCGGCACUUCCUGGAUCUGCUGCCGUGCUUUAACUCGAGUCUGCACCGGUCCGACUACCUCAAGCCCUGUGAGCUGGCGGCCGAGCGACUGGCCAACGAGACGGCCGAGUGGGCCGCGCAGGGGUUCACACCGCUGGGCCUGGACCCGCCGCACUGUGACAUCGGAGGGUACUUCGACAAGGUCCAGGAAACGCGUACGGAGCGGUACUGCGUGGCGCCGGACGGUACCGACCUGGGGUACCGGGUACCGCGGCGCAGUGACGCCGCCGACACCACGUGCAACUGCGCGCGCUCCUCGUACCACAUGCAGAUGGCCGGCCAGCGCACCGACCUGCCGCAGUGCUGUGAGAACGGCGCGUUCCGGGCCUACCAGUGCCGCGGCCUCUACUGCUACUGUGUGGAUGAGCACGGUCAGCAGACGGACGAUCCGGCGGGCGCCGUCACCCAGAACAGCAUCAGUCAGCUGGGCUGCUUCAACGUCACCUGUCCGACCACCAGCGAGAACGCCAGGCCCGAGCAGGGGUACCUGCUGAGCUACUACUGAUAAACUGACCCGUCUCUCCAGCCGGGAGAACGCCCGGCCCGGACAGGGGUAUCUGCUGAGCUACUACUGAUAUACUGACCUGUCUCUCCAGCCGGGAGAACGCCCGGCCCGGACAGGGGUAUCUGCAGCUCAGCUACUACUGAUAAACUGACCUGUCUCUCUAGCCGGGAGAACGCCCGACCCGGACAGGGGUAUCUGCAGCUGAGCUACUACUGAUAUACUGACCUGUCUCUCCAGCCGGUAGAACGCCCGGCUCGGACAGGGGUAUCUGCAGCUGAGCUACUACUGAGUACUGAUAUAAUGAUCUUCAGAUGUGUUCGUCUAACAGGGACACCGCGCACCUCACAAAAGAGUUCCUGUUGAGCUUCUGACAUGUCGACAGUUCGGAAACGGUGCAUGUAACCGGAAAGAUAGCACCAUUUGUUAGCCAGCAAUGUGGAAUCCAGUGUUAUUUAAUACUCUCCGACAAAAUGCGUGACCAUUGAUAUUCAAUUUGAUGAGCGAAAAGACUAUGAUCAAACCACCAGUCUUCCAUUUCUAGGGGUAUCUUAUCAAAUAAAGUCUAAAACCUCAA